AUGGAUCGUUUUAGGUUCCUCUUACCACUCCCUCCGUCCUUCUCUCUUUCGCACCCGGUCGCUCACUCUCUCACCGUCUCCUCACCCGUUCCCAACCACCCUGUACCUUCUCACUCCUCUGCAAUACCCGUGCACCGCAUAGAACCUCUCUUUACCACACUCACUCCCCUCCCACCCCCCGUCGUUCGCCCUGCAGAGACGCCAUGCCAACCAAGGGAGCAGCCGGCCACGUCAGCAGCAGAGGCAGGAGCUACAGCCGCCACCACAGCAGAUUCCCAAGGCAUCGCCGGUCCAGACAGCAGCGGCAGGGGGAAGCAGCCUGUGCGGCCAUUUGAGGAGUGUGAGGAUGAGGACGAGCUCUCGUGGCGCCUUCCCUGCAGCACACUCAGAGAAAUAGCGGAUGAUGCAGCGUUGAGGCAGCAACUGAGAGACCAUGAGCUGCAGCGCAUGCUGCUUCUCAUCGACAGCUCCCCGCACCCAGAAGCAGCACUAGAAGCAGCGCGGUCGCAUCCUGCUUUUGCCAAGUUCCUUCAACAGGCAAUCCUCUCAACCCCUCUUAACCCCUCUUGCCCCGGCUCCGUUCCUCUCUCCUACUCUUCUCUUCUCUCGCCCCUCUCGCCCUUCCUGCCUGCUUUUCUCCCUCGAGUUGCACCUCACCUCAUCUCUUAUCUCUUUGUCAGCAGCCUCAAAAGUGGUUCUAUGGCUGAUGCGUUUCCUCCCUUCCCUCUUCCUUUUGAUGAUUGUGUUGUGUCCUCCUGUCCUUGCAGGUCCAAAAGCACUUGCCUCUAG